AUGAGCCACAAAUAUCAGGGAGAGGUGAUGGGCGAAGCAGGCGAGGACCACAAGGCGGCGUCGGCGCCCCCGAGGAGCAGGCAGCAGCCCAACGGGACCUCCGGCGACCCUCCAGUACGUCGGUCCUGGAGGCCGUGUCAGAUGCUCAACCAGGACGGGGAACUAAAUCCCCAUCACCACCACCACCAUCAUCACCAUCACCCUCCUCACCACCACCACCACCACCACGGCCACGCGGGUCGUGGACCCCCUCGGCACCGCCGGCGGCCUCCAUCCGGGCAGGGACAAAGCCAGGCUCAGAGUCCUGGUCUGGGCCCGGCGGUGGUUCCAUCAAGGUCAGACGGAGGUGAGAGUCAGGACGUUGAACCUCGUCCCGUCCAGCAGCACCGCCCUGCUGUCACCCGGUACCGUCGCCAUGGUGACCCGAACCCAAGACUCAGGAGUCACAGACAGAGGCAGCCAUUCAGAGAGAUCCAGGACUCUUCACCUGCUGUGGAGGAGAGAGAAGGUCCAGCAGAGGUACCGGAGCAGCACUGCUCAUCAGUCGACCCUGUAAUGGACCAGGGGACGGGAUCUCCUCACCAGACUCCUGUUGCCGUUGUUACCCCCACUCACCUCUCUCCUGGUCCUGCAGCCAACAACGAGCAGCUUCACCCCCAACAUGAAGCUGCUGCUGCUGCUGAUGCAGAGGAGGACCUGCAGGAGCAAAAGGUGGAGUGUGAGGAGGAAACAGAGGAAGUUAAAGAAGAUGAUGUGGAGCAAGAGCAGGUGGUGGAUGAUGCAGAUUGCCACUCAGGCGCCGAUCCCCCCAGCUUCAGCCGCGAUGACGAAGCAGAGGAAUGUGCCGAGAGGGUGGAGGAGGAUCAGGAAGAAGUGAUGGACCACGUGGAGGAGGAUCCUGCAGCUCAGGGAAGUGAAAUCACAGAUCUGUGCUCCGACACUGAGAGCGCCGCCUCGCUCAGUCUGGAUGGGCCUCUCCACAGCCCGCCGCCGCUCCAGUCACCGACUCCCCCUUCCUCCCCAGAUGUCCCACCUUUCCCCCAGCUGGACCACUUCAGCGAGGAGCCCAGCAUGAGCCCCAUCCCCGACCACGACCUGCUACCUGAAGAAGAAGAAGAAGAAGAAGACGAAGAAGAAGACGACGAUGAUUGCUCUGAAUCGUGCUCGCUGUCCCACUCUACUUCCUGCUCUGAAUCUUACCCUAAAACCUAUGCAGACUUUUAUACAGAGUCCCACCAGAAGUCUUACUCAGAGCCGGUUUACGAGUCGUACUCGGAGCCAAAAUCACAUCCCAACUCUUUCCCCGAACCCCUGAAGACCUCCUACCCUGAGCUACACAGGGAACCUCGCAAACAAUCUGGCCGGAGGUCUGAGGCCCAGCAAGAGUCCCGCCCAGAGCCCCUCACCAGCCAUAGACAGGAGAAUGUACAUAAAGGGGCUCCAUCCUCCCCCACCAAGGGCUCCCAUCACGCUCCAAGGCAGGGCAGGGACCGCGGGACGCAUCACUCCCCUCCAGACCGCUCCGUCGGCUGCCGGCUGCACCACUACGACGGCCAGUCCGACGGCGAGGGGAACAGCGCCGAUCAAAGCCCCGUCCCCAAGAGUCGCAGGCAGGCGCCGAGACAAACGGAAACCCGAGUCAGGACUCCGACGUCCGGGCAGAGCAGCUCAGGUGAGGCCCAGGAUGAGCGCAGCCUGGCGGGCUUCUCAGGGGAGGAAGGCACGAAGGGCUCCGGAGACGCCAUCAGCCUGGCGAUUAAAGACAUCAAGGAGGCGAUCGAAGGGGUGAAGACGAAGACGGUGCGCUCCCCUUACACACCGGACCAGCCCGUGGAACCCAUCUGGGUGAUGAGGCAGGAGAUCAGCCCCACGGAGGACGCAUACCCUCUGCAAACUACCGCCGGCCAUUCGUCUCCUCACUCCCCCUCCCAGUCAGCUUCUGAGUCACCGUCCCGCUACGCCUCCCUCCCAGUUCGGGAUCCGGUCAGCCCCCUGAGAGCCGAGUCCUCCAGAGCGCUGAACCCCCAACAUUAUCACCAACAGCAGCCCCAACACAACCACCACAACCACCACCCACACCACCACCCACACCACCACCACCAUGGCCACCAGUCGCAGCAGAGGGACGCCGCCAGGCCGCCGCAGACGUACGCUCAGCAGCAGCCGUAUCCACACCUGCCACCCAACCAGCACCCACAGUGUCAACAUCAGCAGCAGCAGCAGCAGCAACAUCAGCAGCAGCAGCAGCAGCAGCAGCAGCUUCCUCCCCCUCAGCAGCCGCGAACUCAAGUUCAGCCCCAGUCGCCUCCUCAGAAGCCGUCAGUCCAGGAGAUUCGCAGAUCUCUUCCCCCCUUCCCCACAUUUGUUGACGUGCCAGGGCCAUGUGACCCUGAAGACCUGAUCGACGGCAUCAUCUUUGCGGCGACCUACCUGGGCUGCACCCACCUGCUGUCGGAGAGGACGCCCACCAAGAGCGCUCGCAUGCAGCAGGCUCAGGAGGCCAUGAGCAGAGUCCGGGCUGCUCAGAAGCAGGCGAAGAACAGGAAGAAGAGCCCCGACGGCGAGGCUCCGUCCACCGCUGAGGUCGACCUGUUCAUGUCCACACAGCGUAUCAAAGUCCUCAAUGCAGACACUCAGGAGUCUCUGAUGGACCUGCCGCUGAGGACGAUCUCCUACAUCGCCGACAUCGGCAACAUGGUGGUUCUGAUGGCCCGGGGCAAGAUGGUCCGGUCCCGCAGCGCGCAGGAGAACCUGGACCACGCGGCGGAGCAGACCACCAUGAACCACGACGACAGACGGCUGUACAGGAUGAUCUGCCACGUGUUCGAGUCCGAGGACGCCCAGCUGAUCGCUCAGUCCAUCGGCCAGUCGUUCAGCGUGGCCUACCAGGAGUUCCUCCGAGCCAACGGCAUCGACCCCGAGGACCUGAGCCAGAGGGAGUACAGCGACCUGCUCAACACUCAGGACAUGUACAACGACGACCUCAUCCACUUCUCCAAGUCGGAGAACUGCAGAGACGUUUACAUUGAGAAGCAGAAAGGAGAGAUCCUGGGCGUGGUGAUCGUGGAGUCGGGCUGGGGCUCCAUCCUGCCCACCGUCAUCAUCGCCAGCAUGAUGCACGCCGGCCCGGCCGAGAAGUCCGGUCGGCUCAACAUCGGAGACCAGAUCAUGACCAUCAACGGGACGAGUCUGGUGGGUUUACCGCUGAGCACCUGCCAGAGCAUCAUCAAGGGUCUAAAGUCUCAGUCCAGGAUCAAGAUGAACAUCGUCAGGUGUCCUCCUGUUACCAUGGUGCUCAUCCGCAGGCCGGACCUCCGGUACCAGCUGGGCUUCAGCGUCCAGAACGGCAUUAUCUGCAGCCUGAUGAGGGGAGGCAUCGCUGAGCGGGGAGGCGUUCGCGUCGGCCACCGGAUCAUCGAGAUCAACAGCCAGAGCGUGGUGGCGACUCCUCACGAGAAGAUCGUACAGAUCCUGUCCAACGCCAUGGGAGAGAUCCACAUGAAGACGAUGCCUGCAGCCAUGUACCGUCUGCUGACAGCGCAGGAGCAACCGGUUUACAUCUGAACACAA